AAAUCCGUUAACAUUAGUCACAUGUAGGUGUCAUUUUAUAUGUGUGACCACGGCCAUUACUGCCCAUGUUAGCUGUAGGAAUAGCCGGACGAUCUAGCGCAUCGUAUGUAUCAUAUGAACUGAAGCCAAGGAUUUCGGAUUCUCCGUUCCCGCCUUUGGAAGAUGGCAAGUUGCGGCUAUACAGUAUGAGGUUUUGUCCGUUCGCCCAGCGCACACGGCUCGUCCUGGCUCACAAGAAUAUCCCAUUCGAAACGGUAAACAUUAAUCUUAAAAGUAAACCGAACUGGUUUCUGGAAAAGAACCCUUCUGGCACUGUUCCGACCAUAGAAAAGAACGGCCAGAUAGUAUACGAGUCAGCCAUUUGUAACGACUUCCUGGACGAGACUUACACCGGUAACGCCCUAAUUCCAUCUGACCCUUACCGGAAAGCAAGAGACAGAAUCUUACUGGAACAAUUCGGCAAGGUUGUGGGUGGUUUUUACCAAACGUUGAGAAGCCAGGGCAAGGACGAUGCAGUCAAACAAACCUUUGAAAGCAACCUGGACUUAUUUGAAAAAGAACUUGGCAAAAGGGGUGCUUUCUUCGGAGGAGACUCCGUUUCGAUUUUAGACUUUCUCAUGUGGCCGUUUUUUGAGCGGUGGUGCCUUCUGGAAAUUUUCUGUAAUUACAAACCCAGUCCUGACCGUUUUCCCAAGCUACAUGCCUGGAUUGCCAGGAUGUUCGAACAACCGGCAGUAAAAGCAACCAUGUUCCCACCGAACGUACAUGAAAUUUACAUAAAGUCAUAUAUUUCCGGUGAGGUCCCGGACUACGACUACGGACUCUAGAGACUGAAAAAGGGAAGAAAUACUCUUUUGAUGCAAAGCUUGCUAAAGUCUGCUCUUUUGCUCUGUGAAAUGCAAAC